AUGUAUGUUUUGUUGAAAAAUCGCCGGCGCCUCACCGAUCCGGUUAUAGAUCUCUUUUCCGCUGCAUCUUCCCUCGCCUUCAUCAAAAAGGCGACUUCAUCUUCGAUUCACUGUUUCACAUUCUGGUUUUGCCCGUCUUAUGAACAGAAUGUAUCUGCACCUCCUAUGGAUACUCAGAAUACUGUUAGUGCUAAUGCUUGUGUCACUCAGACAGCUCCUGCAACAGAAAAAGACCCACUUGUGCAUUCGGAUUCAACCAUCGACCUUAAUCGGGAAAGUCGAGCUUUUGCUUGCUCGGCCUCAAUCGAGCAAGAACUGUAUUGUGUGAGGUUGCCUCUGCACCUCCAUUUGGAUUUGUAG